GGAAGGAGGAAGUUGCUCCUACUCAGUAAACAAACCCAGUCUCAGACUGCUGCUCUCACUCAGUGUGGAAGUUCAGGAAAAUGGCCAGCAUUUCAGAAGAUCAGGACCAGUUCAGCUGUUCAGUCUGUCUGGAUGUCUUGAAGGAUCCAGUGACCGUCCACUGUGGUCACAGUUUCUGUAUGGUAUGUAUUAACGACUGCUGGGAUCAGGAGGAUCAGAAGGGCGUCUACAGCUGCCCCCAGUGCAGAGAGGCCUUCACUCCGAGGCCUGUUCUACGCAGAAACAACGUCAUGGCCGAAAUGUUGGAGAAACUGAAGAAGGCAGAUGGCCGAGCUGCUUCUCCUGCUCAGGUUUACGCUGGACCUGGAGAUGUGGAGUGUGACGUCUGCACUGGGAGAAAACACAAAGCCAGAGAGUCCUGCUUGGUGUGUUUGGCCUCUUACUGUGAAACUCAUCUCAAACCUCAUUAUCAGUCUUCUGCGUUUAAGAAGCACAAGCUGGUCAAAGCGUCUGCACAACUACAGGGGAUGAUCUGCCCUCAGCAUGCCAAACUGAUCGAGAUCUACUGUCACACAGAUCAAAGCGUCAUCUGUUAUCUCUGUACAAUGGAUGAACAUAAAGGACAUGAUACGGUUUCAGCUGCAACGGGAAGAACCCAGAAACAGAGUCGACUAAAUGACAUCCAGAUUCAAUUCCAGCAGCGAAUCCAGGAGAAUCAGAAGACACUGCAAAAGCUGAAACAGGCUGUUAACACUCUUAAUUGCUCUGCUCAGACAGCGGUGGAAGACACCGAGAGGUUCUUUACUGAGCUGAUCUGCUUCCUUGAGGAGAAGCGCUCUCAGAUGACAGAGCAGAUCAGAGCUGAGGAGAGGGCCGAAGUGAGUCGAGCUGAAGAACUCCUGGAGCAACUGGAGCAGGAGAUUGUUGAUCUGAAGAGGAGGCAGGCUGAGCUUGAGCUGCUUUCGCACACGGAGGAUGACAUCCACUUCCUCCAGAAUUUCCACUCUCUUUCUGACUUUUCCGGAUCUGAGGACUACAUUGCUGUCCAUCAACAGCCCUCAUUUGAUGGAGUGAGGAAAUCUCUCUCUGAGCUUAAAGAGCACCUGUGGGAAUACUGCAAGGAGGAAUUCAGCAAAAUCGCUCCUCGUGAUGCAGCAGUUCAGAUCCUUUUACCAUCAAAGCCAAAGACAAGGGGAGAUUUUCUGCUGUAUUACCAUCAGCUGACUCUGGAUCCCAACACAGUAAAUUGUCACCUCGUUCUGUCUAAUAACAACCGAGAAUUCACAUGGAACAUGCGGGUCCAGCAGUACCCCGAUCAUCUGGAGAGAUUUAGCUCUUGUUGGCAAGUGCUGUGUAAGGAGAGUGUGAGUGAACGCUGUUACUGGGAGGUUGAAUGGAGUGGGAAUCAGGGUGUUUCCAUAUCAGUCUCAUAUAAAGGGAUAACUAGGAAUGAAUCUGUGUUUGGACGCAACGAUCAGUCCUGGAGUCUGCAGUUUCAUCACAGACUCAUUUUCAUGCACAACCACAUGCAGACUAUGCUUGCAGGACCACUGCCCUCCAGAGUAGGGGUCUAUGUGGAUCACAGUGCAGGAACUCUGUCCUUCUACAGCAUCACUGACACAAUGACCCUCCUCCACACAGUCCACACCACUUUCACUCAGCCACUCUAUGCUGGAUUUGGGGUUGUUGAUUUGCGCAGAGGUUUGGGAUAUGUGAGAUUAUGUGAUCAAAAAUGAUGUGUAUAUUCUGCUUUGACAAAACAUUUACAUUUUGUUUUUCUUUUAUUAGCCACAGUAUUAGUAUGAAUAUGUGAAUAUGAUAAUGACAGUAAAGAUCUGCCCCAUGCUUUGGCAGCACACUGGGUAGUGCUGUUGCCUCAGCCAGAAGGACCUGGGUUUGAUUCCCCGGCCAGGCAACCAGGUCCCAUCUGUGCGGAGUUUGUGUGUGUCUGUGUGGGUUUCCACCCACAGUCUAAAGACAUGCAGUCAGGUGAAUUGAACAUUCUAAUUUACCCCUUAGGUGUGACCGUAUGUGCCUGUCUGUCCAUUAAUGAACUGGCGACCUGUUCAGAGUGUUUCCUGCCUUCCACCCAGUGACUCCUGCCUGAGUCUUUUAAACCUACCUGUCUGCUAGAAUUUCGGACCUGGCAUCCUUUCUUAGCUCCAACUUCAUCAAGACUUGGACUCAACUUCCGAGCUGCUGAGUUAACGUUAAGCACUUAUAUUGAUAGAACUUGUAGCUGAAAUGAAGAUGGUGUGUUUCACGAUAUGACUGAUGUGGAAUUGUGUAGAAUUGUGUAGAAUUGAGGUGUAACCACUGUCCCAUAGAAAGUCGGAGUGCACAUAACGUUGCAGUGCAUGUUGGGGACUGUAGUGCAGCGCAUUGUGAAACAGGCUAUUAUCUAUAGAAAAUUGAAAUACUUUUGCGGUGCUGGAGAGGAUUCUAUCAGAUCAGGCCCACAGGCCUUGUGUCACGAUUGGCCCCUCCCUGUCAUCAAUGUGCUUGUGUUUACCUUUUGGUCUUGUCCAUGUGCUUCCUUGUUUAGUUUCUUCCAGGUCCUGCCCCCUUGUUUCUAGACUCCGCCCUUGAUUGGU